GCUCAGAACCGAGUGCGGUUUCAAGAUGUCAAAGUUCAUGGUAGACUGUUCUGUGACACAGAGUAAGGCCAUUCAAGAGGUAUUCCCUUCCGCAUCAGUUUACUUCUGCCACUUUCAUGUGCAGAAGUUAUGGAAAGACCGCAUGAGGGAUGUGUUCAAGGAGCGAUAGGUUUGCUUAAAGAAAUGCGCAUUGCAAGGUCUGACGAAAAAGUUAAUGACAUCUGGAAAGGUAUCAAGGACCAAUUUUAUGAUCCGAGCAAUGACAAAACAAGCCUCUUCUUUAACUAUAUAGAAAAGAACUGGAUCGCGAAAGAGAAGAGACCAAGAUGGGUGCUUUUCCUGAGAGAGGACUACCAACACGUAAAUACACACAACCUUCUGGAGUCUUGGUUCAACGCUUUGAAGACACAUGCGCUGGAAGGGAAGCGCGGUUUACGAAUUGAUUUCCUCAUAUAUAAAUUGCAGGGACCCAUUGACCAGGACUUCAGGACACAGUAUUUCAAGGUCAAAAAUUGAAUACGACUCGCAACGCUUUCACAGUACGGCCAAGAAAGACUGGCGAGAGCAAUGGCAGUAAGUCCCGUGGAGGCAAGGGCCAUGGUAUGCGAGAAGUUAGUCGAGAAAGAGGUAUGUGUUGAAAAUCGAUAAUAUCAAAAGUUUGAUUGUAUAUGGAUAGGUUCUAAUCUCUUUCGCUCUACAAAGUUCG